UGACGAAUAUGCCCCUGGAAAACAAAACACUGUCCCUCUAGGAAACAAGGAGGCAAUUGCUGUUCCUUAAGCAGAAUCAAUGCCGAUCAUCAAAAUAAUUCACUGUUCCUUAUCUGUCAUCCCAUCAGGGUUCAGUUAAUUCUUCUCCUCACUUUCCUUGAAAACCCCCUUUUCUCAAUUUCCUUAUUAAAUCCUCCUUCUUACACAUUCACAUUAUCAUCUAUCUAUCUAUAUAAACAGGGCACAACAUUAAUUCAUCACUACAACAAACUCAUCAUAUUGUUCUAAAUAUUCACAUUCAAUAACACUAUACAUGGCUAGUGGUGGUGGAGUUGACUUUGAGGACUUGCUUCCGAUGAUGGCGACCAAGCUAGGAGGCGAGGGACUCGUAAAAGAACUAUGCAACGGUUUUGAGUUGCUGAUGGACAAAGAGAAAGGUGUGAUCACGUUGGAGAGCUUAAGGAGUAAUGCUGCGGCGGUUCUUGGGAUUGAGGACAUGAAGGAGGACGAGCUUGUGAGCAUGAUGAGGGAAGGUGACAUCGACGGCGACGGCUACCUUUCGCAGAUGGAGUUCUGUGUCUUGAUGUUCAGGUUGAGCCCUGAGUUGAUGGAAGAGUCUUGGUUUUUGAUUGAACAGGCAUUGCAAAAUCAUGAUGAUGAACUAGUUAGCAACAAUAACAAGAACAAGAACAAGAACAAUAGCAAUUCUUCUAUUUCAUGAUUAUUUUUAUUAAUUAAUACUAUAGGGCAGACAUAGUGCUUUAUUUUUCACACGCCCACCCUUUAUUUGAUUUCGGAGUUUAUGGUAUUAAUUAUUUGUAAUUUGUAUCACAGUUGAAAUUGAGAAGAGUGGACACUUUUUUGGGAUACUUAUACUUCUACCAUACAGACUUAAUUGGAUUAGAACUUCUUUUUCUUUCCU